AUGCAGUUCCCGAGUCUACGACGGAUACGGGCCCUGUGGUCCAACGUCCUCCCGGUCUAUUUGAGUUCAUUUUUAUCCCCGGGUGACCGACGGCCCAUCAUCAUUCGGUUUUUGAUAGCCACCAAAGCCGUUUUCUGGCGAAUAGCGUCGAUAGGGCUGAAGAUUCUUCCACCUCGCCUGCGAUCGCGUUUGCAACCCAGAGAACCUGUACUCUUCUUUCAGUGUUCACUAGUCACCUUUUUCAUCCUGCUACUCCGUUUCGACGCAACACACAUCCAUGAUCACUCAACAGUCUCUGGCUAUUAUGGCCCGGGGGCAUUCUGGGCAUGGAUCAUUACAUGUGUGAUGGCCUUCGGCCCUGCUGAGGGUCGGAUUCUGCUAAGACGGAUAUGGUCGGACCCUUUUGAAGGUCUAGGGGAAAGGGGCAUUAUUGAUCUGCCACACCCGUGGGAAGAUAGGACGAAUAGCUCUAGCGAGAGCAGCUGCCAAGGCCAAGGAGCCCCUGAGGAGGAUGGGAUAAAGCCAGAAAAACUUGCCGCCUUGAGGAAGAUGCUAGACUGCUUAUUCCUCCUUCUACGGAAGGACGAGGAUGAGAUACAGAAACUGCCAUACCCCUUGGUUCGGCUUCUUCGGAGUAUUGCUCGUGGUGCAAGCGUUUCUGGCGAGGCCAACUACUAUUCUCUAUUCACCGACUAUCGAAGCUUCAUAGCGACCCCGGGACUUUCCCCCGAAUAUGCUCAGCAGGUUCGGCGUCAAAAUGAAAAGGCCAUGGGUGAACGGGCCGAAAAAAUCCUGGACUUUUUCCCUUGCACCACGAAGCGUCAUUCCAACGACCAUCCCGGAUUCAUUGAGUACCGUUUAGAGUGUCGUGGAGGGACUGUUGAAGCCUAUCAUGGCCUGCUCGAUGAUAUAUCAACUGUGUUCCCUUGGUUUGACAUGAACGUCACGGACUUCAUCAUCCAUCUCAUUGAUCUCCGCAAUCGCCUCCAAUUCUUGGAGUAUCGGAGAAGGCUUACCGACCUACCGGCUCGACUGGAUACUACCGCCUGUACCGCAAUGGUAUAUCCCCUGAUUGCAUGUUGUGUGCAGCUGAGACGGCAUUUCCCCUUCAAAAAGCACGAGUGGGGGGCUGAAGAUCAGGCGGUGGCCUCUGUGGCCCAGAUUUCCAUCGCCUUGUCCACCUUUGCGUUUUUAUCGAAUCGACCAUUCAAUCGCUGGUUUACAUGGCGGAUUGCUGCCUGGGCGGCUGUCCAUGUGUGCAGUUGUGCAGUCUUGUGGUGCCGCACACGCUACACACAGAUGAGAACUGUUCGAACUAUGCCCAUGGUAUUAACACCUCAUCCGUCCAAAUUCGAGGAACUGCGUGCAAUGAGCUCUUGGGAUAUGAAUUUCGGUAUCCCCCUUCCGCGCUCAUCUGCCUCACUCGGCGACCUAGACCAGGCGGCUGCUCUGGCCACAGCGGUUGCCAUUAUGCUGUCUGAUCUUUUUCAGCAAGGACUGUCGUCCGUGAUGAGACGUUUUGUUCCCUUGCUGUUCGAAACUCUGAAUCCUAUUGCCCGGCUCUUCACGCUGGUGCGGGGGAAGUUACAGAACGAUGAAGCGAGUAUUCCGAGUACCAGAGCAUGA